GUCAAGCCGUCCUGGCUCUCUCAGGGCCAUCCCGACGGGCUGCCAGCUGGGAAAGGUAAGUGGUGUAAAAUGCGUCACUUCAGAGAAAUACCCAGAAUCACAGGCCGGCAGGCUGGGUCGCAAACAACGACGAAGCUCCGCCAAAUGACGCGACUUGGUGCUCUCUUAUGCUGUGCAACAGCGCCAAUGUCAGACCCUCGUCGCAGUACAUAAGAGCGGGCAGCCAUCGUUCGAGGACCCAUUAGUCUCACAUACCCUUCACCAAAUCACUCAAACUCUCCCAUACCUCGAAUUAUCAUGUCCGACUCUCAGACCAACACUGGCAACAACGCCGCCGAGCCCAACAAGACCACCGGACAGUACCACUCCUUGAAGGGAACUGUCGUCGAGACGGUCGGCGACCUCACCGGCGCCCAAUCCUGGAGGCAAUCCGGGAAGGAGGAGCACGCCCAGGGCGAGGCCGAAUACCAGGCUGCCCAGGCAAAGCAGUAUGCCGAGGGCACCAUCGACCGCCUCGGCGGGAAGAAGGACGCCGUCGUUGGCGCGAUCACGGGCGACCGUCAACAAGAGAUUGCUGGUAAUCUGCGCCAUGACCAGGGCCAAACUCAACAACAGUUUAACGACCCGACUGCCUGAGCGGUCGUCUCCGAAACGAUACCCCUGUAGGAUGUACAUGAGUAGAAUCGGGCAGUCUUACCGAAGUAAUGCGUUGUAUCAUCUCACGAUGUAGUCGUACCUCAAAUGCAACGAACGAACACGGCUGAGAAUAAACUUGCUGGGUACUUCUAACCAGAUAGUUAGGACUUCACUGGCAAGGGAGGGUGAUGUCUUCAGCCCGAAGGCCCGUCUAUCGACGACUUCAUUCGAGUUGCGGCUGCGUGUGACAAAUGCGCCUGAUCUUCGCUCUCUGCCGGCUGAAGAUGAAGUUCAGCAUGAUUCGCAGCAUGAAGACUCGAGACGUGAACGCGAUGGGAGGCAGUACAGCCCUAAGUGGACUUCUGAGACGCCUUCUGCGGUGCGAUUCUGUACCGCACACCGGCUCUUCUGGC